AAAGGAAACGAAAAAAAGAAAAGGGAAGCCAUCAGCCGCGCUCCCCAGGCAGAGAGGCAUGGCCAUGGCGCCUUUGGUUCCCAGCCUGCGCUCCUCCUUCCUCCUCUCCUCUCCCCAAACGAAGCUCUCCCACUCUUUCAAGCCCCCCACCACCAUAAAACGCGAGUCCGUCUUCUCCUAUCCCCGCAUCAGAGCCCUCGAGCUCGACCAAAACACGAUCGUUGCCAUCUCCGUUGGGGUCGUCAGCGUCGCGGUGGGCAUCGGGAUCCCUGUGUUCUACGAGUCUCGGAUAGAUAAUUCUGCUAAGCGGGAGAAUACGCAGCCUUGCUUCCCAUGUAAUGGCUCCGGUGCCCAACAAUGCAGGUUUUGCACAGGAACGGGUAAUGUGACUGUAGUUCUUGGGGGAGGUGAAACUGAAGUCUCACGAUGCAUCAAUUGUGAAGGUGCUGGCACAUUAACAUGCACCACAUGCCAAGGAACUGGAAUCCAACCACGUUAUCUUGAUCGCAGGGAGUUUAAGGAUGAUGAUUGAAGCCUUAACUAGGGGGUAGUUGCAAGCUGAGGCAGUACAAGCACCGUUACAAAUUUGUAAAACACAAGGGAUCCCCAUUUACUCAAGGAAGAUCAUCUUUUGGGAUAGUUUCUCUCAUUCAUUUUUGGAAUAUUUUGGGAAUUCCAAGAUCAUGUAUUUAAUGUUUUUGCAAUUAUGAUUGUUAUCUCCCUUGAUGUAGCCAUAGACAUUAGUUCUUUUCUUGAAUCAGAAGUUUGUUGUUCUAAACUGGUCAUGUCGAGGGAGGUUCAGGUUGUAUCUUUCGCACAAAAGUAUGAUUGGUCUUGUUUUGCGAGGCCACCAUUGGAUCAUACUCUGUGCAGAUCUUAGUGCAUUCAAAACUCCUGCA